AUGAUCAAUUCGGAGCACCACAAGGCUGAGGUGGUCAUUAAAGACUUCUCCAGCAGGGCGGUGGAGACUUUCCUUCGUUCCCUGUACUCUGGUGUUGUGAAAGGCCCUCUUUCAGGGCUUGUUGAAGUGGCAGCGCUAGCGGGCAAAUAUCAGAUCCAACGACUCCACGAGCUCUGCAUGCAGGCUUUCAAGAAGGGUUUGACCCCAGAGGACGCUUGUGAACUUGUCGCCCUGGCCGACAGGUUCAACGUGUUUGACCUCCGUACAGAAGCGCUGGAAAAGAUUUGGGUCCAUGCUGCGACGGCAUUGAAGCGCCGGCCGGACAUCAGCCCCAAGCUGCUAGAAGAAAUCCUCGAACCCGUUGCUUUGCAUAGAAAGCGAUGA